AUGGCUCCUGGGGCGGUGUGGCUUUAUAAUGAGAAGCGUCUCCGGCGCUUCGCAACGCCCUCUCGUCACAGCGGACCACACCAACGGCGGCCCCGGAGCCGAGAACGACGAUUGAUAUCUGGCUUGGGCCGUUGCAUACGAAAAACAACAAAGCCCCCUGCCCGUUCAGGUCUGCCUCAUCACCAGCGGCACGCAGCGGCGCUAUCUCUGCAGUUGAUGCGCCAUCGCGUUGGCUUCGCACCACAGGCUGAGGCCUCCAUCGUCGUUGCCUCGAAGCGAGCCGUCCAGGCUUACAUGGGCCAUGAAGGCUUGCAACGAUGCUGGUCGCAGACACAACCACACCAGACCAGCAUAACGGACACCAAUAUCCGUGCCCAACUAUUCAAUGCAUGUGCCGGAGAAGCUCGAGCCGGUCUUCUCGACCGGCCUUUCCACAAGGUCCGCCGCUGUCAGCCUCCCCGUUACGGGCCCUGUAAACGAGCCAGUAUCUGUUGCGCAAUUCGUGAUAGGCUGCGAUCGGCCGUCAAUCGACCCGAUUACACUGCACAUGGCCGCCAGACUUUUUCGCCCAUCUGGCCUCUUUUCUCAAGGCGGACGCUGGUGCAAGCCUCGCUGCAAUCACGCGCAACUUGCACUGCAACUCGAUUUGUAAACCUGCAAGCCGAAAAGCCACCACGUAGCCGCGUCUCGUGCGCGGCGGUCAGCGCAGCGUACCCCCCAUUCCAUGCACUGAUGCCUAUCUUGACGGCGGUGGCUGGUUGCUUUCAAGUCCCAAUUGCGACACCGUAG